AUGAAUCAAAUAGAAACAAAGGAUUAGGUAAUGAUGAAGAAGAGGAUGAUAACGAUAGUAAUCAAUCAGGAAGAUUUUUAUUUUUCCCAAAUUUAAAGAAAUUAAUCAUAGAUUCAAAAUUUAAGGACCAAAGAAAGCCUAAUUAAAUUGAAUGUAUUUUAUAUUAAAUAUUUUGUAAUUUUUUAUAAAUUUAAUACCUUAAUAAUUCUCAAAUGUUCGCAAAAUCUAAUUUUGGAAAAUUUAAAAAUUUAAAAUUGCUAGGUAUUAAUUAAGUUAUUAAUAAUGUCUAAUCAUUGA